AUGUAUCGAGUAGUGCUCUCCCAUUCCUUCGUCCCGGUCCGCUUCGCUCUCUUCUCAGAGGCCUCCAGGGAUACCUUCUUCCCUGCGCCUCUUGUUACUUUACUGGUCUCUUGUGACUUGUUUCUUGUUCCGCAGCUUUCACUCUACCAAGAUGGCCGGUGGAGAAGAAUUCAGGUGCUUUGUCGGAGGGUUGGCCUGGGCCACUACCGACGGCCGCCUGGAGGGUGCGUUCCGUCCCUUCGGCGAGGUUGUGCAGAGUAAGGUGAUCUCUGACAGGGAGACCGGAAGGUCUCGCGGGUUUGGGUUUGUUACUUUCGCCGAUGAGAACUCAAUGAACGCUGCCAUCAAGGAGAUGAACGGCCAGGAGUUGGACGGUCGCAACAUCACCGUCAACCAAGCCCAGUCUCGUGGUGGAGGCGGUGGUGGCGGUGGCGGCGGUGGUGGCUACGGCCGCAGAGAGCAAGGAGGAGGUGGCUAUGGAGGAGGUUACGGUGGAAGCCGUGGAGGAGGUGACCGUGAAGGUAGUGGUUAUGGAGGAAGCCGUGGUGGAGGCUACGGAGGCGGUGGUGGUGGCGGCUACGGUGGCCGUGGAGGACCCAGCUCUGGGAACUGGAGGAACGACCGCCAACCCGAGUACUGAAGCCGUUAAGGUGGUUGAAACCUCUGGUGGUUUUGGGAAGCACUCCGGGACUGAGAUCUGACGGCUCUAUUGCUCGAAAUCUCGGUUCUGGGUUUGGGUUACUGGUGAGAAGGUUACUGCGAGGAGGUUGACGAAGGGGAAGACACUGAAGGAUGAUACUGUUUGCGGCCGGGAGAGAUGCAACUGUUCACUGGGAAAGCCACCCGAGAUUUGACCGUCUUUGCUGUGGGGGUCGUUGGACCUGCCUGCAGGUCGCGUUGGUGGCGACUAUGUUAGACCUGUUACUUGUUAUUUGUUUUUGUGAUCUUUCUGCAGUGCAGAACAAGGGAUCGUCCUUUACUGUUCCUAAAGUAGGAUAGCCCCUCGUGGUACCUGUACUAGUGUCUGUUUGUGGAAUGGGCAUGGCAGUUCUGGUUUUGAUGCUAGGGCAUGCUGGUUAAUCCACAAAAUUCUAAAAACGAAGCCAUGGAAUUCCUCUUUGGAAUCUUAUAUGAAUAAACGGGAAGGUUUCAUGCAUAAUAAGAUUAUUGAAGGGUCUAAUACC